CCGCUCCCCGGAGGAAUGGUUUGGCCUCCCCUCGGUGCCCGCUUGGCCCCUCCCACUCCGAGCGGCUCCGGAGGGAGCGGGCGGGGCGACGCGAGUCACCUGACUCCGCGCGGCGGGGCCGGGGUCGGGGCCAUGUCGCGGCGGGAGCGGGGCCUGGAGCUGGGGCCGGGCGGUGCCGAGGCGACAGCAGAGGAUGCGGAGCCGGAGAGUCCUGACCAGUGGCUGUCGCUGCUGCCCUGGGACCGCUUCUCAGCUUGGCUGCACUGCGUGUGCGUUGUGGGCUUCGACCUGGAGCUGGGUCAGGCCGUGGAGGUGAUAUAUCCUCCACAUUCCAAACUCACAGAUAAAGAGAAAACCAAUAUUUGCUAUUUGUCUUUUCCAGAUUCUAAUUCGGGUUGUCUUGGGGACACACAAUUUUGUUUUCGAUUCCGACAGUCUCCUGGAAGGAAGGUCUCACUGUGUUGUUUUCUGGACCAAUUGGAUAGAGAUCUACCAGUUUACUUAAAGAAGGAUUCAGCAUAUUACUAUGGCUAUGUGUAUUUCAGACAAGUUCGAGACAAAUCAUUAAAAAGAGGCUAUUUUCAGAAGUCGCUGGUCCUCAUCAGCAAGCUGCCUUAUGUUCAUCUGUUUCGUACCAUACUUAAGCAAAUAGCACCAGAAUAUUUUGAAAAAAGUGAAGCUUUCCUGGAAGCAGUUUGUAGUGACAUUGAUCGUUGGCCACCACCAGUUCCAGGGAAAGUUCUGCAGUUGCCUAUUAUGGGUGUUAUACUGAAGUUGCGGAUUCCGACAUAUCGUGACAAGCCUGGAACAAGACCGAUAGUACAGAAUAUGCACCAGGCAGAUGCUCAGAUCUCCAUGGCUUUACCGACUGUUCAUGAAGUAGAUCUUUUCAGGUGUUUUUUUCCGGUGUUCUUUCACAUUCAGAUGCUUUGGGAGCUGGUGUUGCUGGGAGAACCACUUGUUGUGAUGGCACCAUCACCAGCAGAGUCCUCAGAAACUGUGUUGGCCCUUGUUAGCUGUAUUUCACCACUGAAGUACUGCAGUGAUUUCAGGCCAUACUUCACCAUCCACGACAGUGAAUUCAAAGAAUACACAACUCGCACUCAAGCCCCGCCAUCUGUCAUUCUAGGGGUGACAAAUCCCUUUUUUGCUAAAACACUUCAGCACUGGCCUCACAUUAUCCGAAUUGGAGAUAUCAAACUUCCAGGUGAAGUUCCAAAGCAGAUGAAAGUGAAAAAACUGAAGAAUCUAAAAACUUUGGACUCCAAACCCGGUGUUUAUACCUCUUACAAGCCAUACUUGAACAAAGAUGAAGAAAUUGUUAAGCAGUUGCAAAAGGGAGUACAACAGAAACGUCCUACAGAAGCACAGAGUGUGAUACUUCGGCGGUAUUUCUUGGAAUUGACAGAAAGUUUCAUUAUUCCAUUAGAACGUUAUGUGGCAAGCCUAAUGCCUUUGCAGAAAUGCAUAUCACCCUGGAAGAGUCCACCACAGCUGAGGCAGUUUAGCCAAGAUGACUUCAUGAAGACAUUGGAAAAAGCAGGACCACAGCUCACCUCAGGUUUAAAGGGAGAUUGGAUAGGACUUUACAGGCAUUUUUUGAAAUCACCAAACUUUGAUGGUUGGUUUAGAAGCCGGCAGAAAGAAAUGACACAGAAGUUAGAGGCCCUUCAUUUAGAAGCACUCUGUAAUGAGAACUUGGUUUUCUGGAGUCAGAAGCAUACUGAGGUAGAAACUGUGGAUCUUGUCUUAAAGUUAAAAAAUAAACUGUUGCAGGCUGACAGAGAACAUCUUCCUGUGAAAACUGACACGCUGAAAAAGCUGCAGACACACAUCAAUGAUAUUAUACUGGCAUUGCCAGAUGACUUGCAGGACAUCUUGCUCAAAACUGGCACAACAUGAUUUCUACUGGGCUUUUUUGGUGCAGAAAACCAAAAGACAAGUAGUCUCACAGAAGACAAUGGCUUACCAAGUUUGGAACACAGCUCAGUACAUAAACACUACAAAUGGGCUAUUAGCCCACUAUAUCAUUUUCACUGUUUUUUCCACUUCAAUACCAAGGCAAUUAAGGGAGUCUAAUACUAUUUGAAAUAAGUGCUCUUAAAGAAUCUGUGGGCAUAUGAAGCUGUGCCACAACAUAGGACUACAGUGCAGUGCUGGCAUUGCAGAACGUUUUCCAAUUGAUGCUGCUAUACCCAGUCCUGCUCAGGGCAAUAUUGAUCCUGUACUGUCCUGUUGAUGUAGUGUCUGAUUAUGUUUCUUUGUUUUUUACUUAUAGUUUUUAGCUAGUGAUCAGUCUAAUUGACAUAUUGGUGAUUUGGCCAGAAUGCAUUAUAAUUGAAGUAUUUUACUGGCAAAUCACAGCUUUUAAAACUGUUUCAGGAACAACUGAAAUUAUCAGUUCCAUUCUUAACUUUCUGCAUUUCUCCUUCUUACCAUCUUUCCAAAAGGAUACUGAUUUAGCAUCUUUAAAGAAGAGAAGGCAGCUGACAAAAAAUUCCUGAAGGGAAGUCUUUUCCACUCACUGUCAGUUAUCAGGGUGCUCCUACAAGCCUUAAAGUAAUUACAAACUAAUUUGUAGACAUCCAGGAUUUCAACUGGAUCACUCUUGUAAAUGUAAGCAUGCAGUACUCAUCACAGGAAAUAAACACUUUGGUAUUCUAAUAGAGAUUUGAAAAUUGGUAAUUUUGGUAGAGUUAGCUGCUACACAGUCUGUUUCAGUUGGAGAUCAUACCAGUCAGCAGCUGUUAAAAUUUUUAACAUUAUUACUUUUGGCUUACCCAGUCAGGUGUUUGAGGAGGUGAUGAGGCUGCAGGGAGAAAAUGUUGGCUUCAGCUGAAAAAAGGCUCUGAACAGGUCAGACUGGCAAAAAGAGAUUGUAUCAUGAAAUUAUUCUCAGUACGUGCAUACAGCACACAUGCAUAAAGAGUAAUUUUCUCUUGCAUAUUAAGCAACAAGAAUGGGAUAUUUUAUCUCUUUAAACAAGUUUCAGUGGUAUAUAAGAACUCAGCUGCUUGAGGUGCAGUAUUGCACUUUGACCAGUUUCAAGUAAACACAGUGCUAUGGUGUACAUACAGCAUAUACUUUUAUAUGUCAAGUGGAUCACAGUUAUUAAAAAAUACCCACUCUGCUUUUAAGUGCUUGGAUAGAAUUUUUAAAAUCUUAUUACAUAAUCCUGCUAUAAGAAUAUGCUUUUGUAUAACAAAUAUUUCAUACCAUCUUUCUAAAAAUGUCUUAUUUAGAUAUAAAGUGUCACACCAGUAUUUUUAUGAAAAUGUAUUUUAAUACUGUUAUGUUUUGUAUACAAUUGCAACCAAAAGUUUAAUGUAUGUUUAAUGUUACUUAAACUAUACCACUUCAGCAUUAAUUGCUAACUUGCAAAUUUUUUUCUUUUGCACACCCUGAUGAAAAGCAUUUCUAAUCCAGAAAUUGGCCAUUCUAAUCCAGUGGCCAUUCAUACCCUAAAUUAUCUUAACUAUUUAACCUGGAACACUGUGUCGCUUCUUGUAACCAUGAUAACUGGUAACAACUAUGAUAACUAGCAUAUGACUGCAAAUAUGUAUUUUUAUAAACAAAAAUAAAGAAUUAGAUUUUUGGGUU